UGCUCUACAAACACAGCAGCUCCUCUCAUUUCCUGGUUCCUCCCCUUCAGAUCUGCACUCUGCAGACGGCUGGAAGAAACUGACAGGAACCGGUUCACUGCAGGAACGCAUGAUUUGUAGAUCAGAGCUCAGACUAGUUUCAGGUACGAGGAAGUGAAAGUCAAACAGUCGAGAGGAGAAAUGGCGCAGCAAAGAAAUCAGCUGGAUUCAGAGAAAUUCUCUUGUUCCAUCUGUCUGGAUCUACUGAAGGAUCCGGUGACUACUUCCUGUGGACACAGCUACUGCAUGGACUGUAUUAAAACCCACUGGGAUGGAGAGGAUGGUAUGAGAAUCUACAGCUGCCCUCAGUGCAGGAAGACUUUCACACCGAGGCCUGUCCUGGAGAAAAACGUCCUGUUAGCAGUUUUAGCGGAGGAUCUGAAGAAGACUGGACUCCAAUCUGCUGCUGAUGAUAUCUGCUAUGCUGGACCUGGAGAUGUGUCCUGUGAUUUCUGCACUGGGAAGAAGAUGAAGGCUGUCAAGUCCUGUCUGGUCUGUCUGGCCUCUUAUUGUGAAAAUCACCUCCAGCCUCACUAUGAUGUAGCUCCACUGAAGAAACACCAGCUGGUGGAGCCCUCCAAGAACCUCCAGGAGAACAUCUGCUCUCGUCAUGACGAGGUGAUGAAGAUUUUCUGUCUCACUGAUCAGCAGUUGAUCUGUUAUCUCUGCACCAUGGAUGAACAUAAAGGCCAUGAAUCAGUCCCAGCAGCAGCAGAAAGGAAGAAGAAGCAGAAGGAGGUGGAAGUGAGUCGACUGAACGUCCAGCAGAGAAUCCAGGACAGUCAGAAAGAUGUGAAGCUGCUUGAACAGGAGCUGAAGGACAUCAAAGUCUCCGCUGAUAAAACAGUGGAGGAGAGUGAGAAGAUGUUCACCCAGAUGAUCCAUCUCAUCCAGAAAAGACGGCGAGAUGUGGAGCAGCAGAUCAGAUCCCAGCAGAAGACAGAAGAGUGUCGAGUCAAAGAGCUUGAGGAGAAGCUGGAGCAGGAGAUCAGAGAUCUGAAGAGGAAAGAUGCUGAGCUGAAGCAGCUCUCAGAUACACCAGAUCACAGCCAGUUUCUCCUCAACUACCCCUCAGUGUCAGCACUCAGUGAGUCCAAACCCACAUCCAGCAUAAACAUCCGUCCUCGGAGACACUUUGAGGACGUGACAGCAGCUGUGAAAGAACUCAGAGAUCAACUGCAGGACAUUCUGAGGGACACAUGGACAAACUUCUCACUGGCCAUCGCUGAAGUCGAUGUUCUACUGUCAGAACCACAACCAAAGACCAGAGAUGAGUUCUUAAAAUAUUCAAGAGAAAUCACUCUGGAUCCAAACACAGCACACAGAAAGCUGUUAUUAUCUGAAGGAGACAGAAAAGUAACAUUUAUGGAACAACGUCAACGUUAUCCUGAUCAUCCAGACAGAUUCACUGGCUGUUUUCAGGUUCUGGGUGAAGAGAGUCUGACUGGACGUUGUUACUGGGAGGUGGAGUGGAGAGGAAUUGUUUAUGUAGCGGUCGCAUACAAGAAUAUCUGUAGAGAUGGAUGGUUAGAUGAAUGUGAAUUUGGAGUAAAUGAUAAAUCUUGGUCUUUACGUUGUGACACAAACAGUUACACAUUUUGCUCCAACAACACUAAAACUCCAAUCUCGGGUCCUCAGUCCUCCAGAAUCGGAGUCUAUCUGGACCACAGAGCAGGUAUUCUGUCUUUCUACAGCGUCUCUGAAACCAUGACUGUCCUCCACAGAGUCCAGACCACAUUCACUGAACCCAUACAUGCUGGAGUUCAGUUUCCCAGUCUUGUACUUUUUCCUAGAGGCUAUCAACCCACUGCAGAGUUCCUAAAACUCAAAUAGAGUACCUCCAGUGUCUGAAGGUGGGUUCAUGUUCAGCGCUGAUUUAAGUUCAUCAUCUACAGUUUACUUCUGUAGUUGCAGCAUUAAUUAGUCAAAUAACGAUGGAACUGAGUGAUUCUUAAAUCUUUGUCAUUUUAAAAUCCGAAACAUUUCUGGAACAUUCUUGAUUUUAUUUUUCAUAUCUGACAAGAAACUGAAUGUUGUGUGGGUUUUAGAUUCAAACUGUUGAGUUGUGGAACUGUGGAGGAUUAAAAUGUUUGUUUGUUUUAGUAUUUUCUGAGAUUUGACACUCAAAAUGAUUGACAGAGAAAAUAAUCAGCAUGAAAUAAUCAUUAACUGAAGUCCUGUAAUCCACAGUUUCAUCGUUUCUGUUGGAUAUUCUCUCUGACAGCUGAGAUUAUUGUUGAUGAACAACCAGUUUGAAUGCAUUUGAGUCAAUGUUUCAUGUUUUGUGUGUAUUUAUCAUCAAAAAGUUAAAAAAAACUGAGUCGUCAUUGAACCGCUGAGUGACACAAACAGAAAAUAUUCAUCUAUAUCAUCUUGACACAUGACAUCACUAAAUUCACCUUUUAUUAUUUGCAUUGUAUUGUAAAUAUUUAUGUUUUCGUAAUGUAACAGUGAAUGACUUUUAGCAUCCUUCUGAAUCUCAUCUUUACUUUCCUUUGAUUUGAAUUCCUGUUUCUAAAAUCUCAUGUUAGUGAUGCAUUUAUGAAACCAACUGAGAUGAUGGAAACCUCAGCUUUUUAUUUAGAUGUGCACUUCAUUCCUCUUUCAUAUGGGUAUUUAUACAGAAUGUGUUGGAUUUGUAUUUUAUUGUGGAUUUUCUGAGUGGGCAAUAGUGAUAUUUUAUUGCAGUCAGCAGUCAUUUAACAAUCUGACUUGGUGAUUUGUUAAAUUUUGUUGCUGUUUCCUUCUGAUUCAUGUUAAUCUGCAAAUAAACAGUAAAUGAACA